UGCUCUAGAGCAAGCCAGCGGUCGAGUCUGCUUUUCAUUCUAUGAUGAGCAAGGCCUGAGCUUGGGGCGAGAGAACGGCAGCCUCAUUGUGGGAAGAACAUCGCUCCACUAUGGCUUCUCAAGCCUCUGCGCCGCUGCUACGGCAAAGCGACGACGGCGACACCUUGACGACGGAAAUUCAAGAACGGGAGAAUCGGUCCAAGGAAGGCGCUGGAGAAUCGCGAGAGAGUCAAAUUCCACAGACCCAGACCACGGAAGCACAACCACUCGACGGACCUUCUCAAAGACUCGAAGGAGCAAUUGCCGACAUAGUUUGGGCUCUUACGUGCCUCAGCCUCCCUAUGCUUGUGUUGACAGCCAUCUUCGUCGGCCUCGUCUACGUUUAUGAGGUUUCCAGGACUCCCGAGGCUUCUGAGAACUUGGUAGGAAUUUCGUCCGUGCGAGACAACUCGGCAUACUACGUCGACUUUAAUGCGACGCGACUAAUCACGGUUUCGUCUUGGACAAGCACUGCCACGUCGCUCACGGCUGCGUUUUUCAUGGUUCUGAUCUCCUAUCCCCUUGCGAAGGACUAUAUCAGGAGAUCGAACUCGGAAGGGGUCGACGCCCUCCCCACGGUGUAUCAAUUCAAGUUGAUCAUCGGUCUACUUGGAGGGGGGGUUGGGCCGCUCUGGUCAUGGCUACAAUACUGUUUCUGGAAAGGGCGAAACAGGCAGACCAGGCUUUUAUGGGCGACGGUCGUGACUCUGUUGACGGCAACUGGUUUGAGCAUCGCCAUCCUCGCCGUCGAUUCAUGGCUCCAUAUCACCACUUCUACAGUGAGCUUGGACACGCUCUCACCACCCGCUUCCACGCCCGUCGCAAGCUACGGUCGUGGCCUCGUCCCGCUCUGUUAUAACCAAACCUGGACAGCCGGGGAUAUCAACCAGUGCAUAGGCGGCUUGCAGCUGCCCGGGUCCAUUCACUUUGACAGUGCUUCAGAGGCGACACGGACCUCGAUGAACCUCUCCACGAUCAACGCCGUGUUGAGCAGUACGAUCGACGACAAGUAUUUCGCCUUCCUCACUUCGGCACAACGCGAUGCCAAUCUCGAUUUUCGGACCAAGACGUACGCCAUGAGCACCACAUGUUCUCCCGCCAGCACAGCUUGCCACCUUCAACAGAUCCAAUGGUGCAGUCAUGAAAGCGGCUGUCCCCUCGGAGAAGUCCAGUGGACGCUGGGGAUGACCUACAAUUGCAGCGCCAGUCUAUACGGGGACCUCAACAACAACACCGGCUUCGCGUUCACGUUGAACGGCAGCUCGUACGCGACCACCAGCAACAUCGGCUUCUUCCUCCAGAUGUUCCGUCAGCAAGGAUAUGCGGACCCGAUCGGGACGGCGGAUCAGCAGGUGGCGACCCCGAAUCCGUUCUUCUUCGCGGCUGGUGCUCGGGUGGCCACUUCAGACGCACUGGCUCGGGAUCCUGAGGCCGUCGAGGACGACGACCAGUACAACUACGCCUUCAUCUUUCAGUGUACCGCGACGAUCUACGAGCUAGAGUAUGCAUCCAUCGACGGCAACGUCGUGGGCGGCAACUACACCGUGGCGAAUGACACCCUGUCCAACAACAUGGGCUGGGCGCUCCUCGAGGCCCGCGCCCUGGCCCAGAACUCGCUCGAGGCCGCCUUCUUCAGCGGCGCCCAACAGUCCAACACGUCCCAGGCGUUCGCGGACUACUUCGCGCAGCAGUUCAGCAGGUCCGCGCUGAGCAUGAUCGCGGGCAUCACGGCGGGGAGGCUGAACGCGGCGGAGCAGACGCGACAGAGCCGCCUCGUCGCCCGUCUCCCGAAAGCCCCCUUCUUCGCCCUGAUCACCGUGAAUCUGCUGUACGCGCUGAUGGGCAUGGUGCUCGCCGGCGUCGCAUUGGCAAGUCAGCCCCGGAAGACGCGCGAGAUGCAGGCCCGGCUCAGCGUCGCCGGGCUGGUGGCUGCCCUGCUGGAGCCGGAUCCGGGUCGUCGCAGCAGCGGCAGCACAAGCUGUGCGUCUUGCUCCAAACGCGGCGGCCGCGGCGGGAUCGAGACCGUCUUUGCCGAGUACUACAACGACGGCGGGCCGCGCGACGAAGACAGUCGAGUCAUGCUCGUGGCCUCCGGGCCCGGAAAUCGCGUCUUUGAGAAGAUCUCGGUGCAGAGCGCCCCUGGUUGACCGCGACAAGUACACACCCCGGGCGUCUCGUGGCGGUGGAGGCCAGUCGCUGGGCCACGCUGCUGCUGAUGCGAGCUGGUCGCCGGGAGGAAGGUCCCAAGAAGGGCUGCAGCAGGCGGCGACGGUGCACGGUGUUGUCCCCUCGGCUGUGCCAGGGGGAGAAGAUAACGAGGCCUCUGCGCGGACUCAAAACGCAUCAUCACGCAUUACGGAGAGUGCGGACAUUGGAUGAGAUGAGGCCGGUGUCUCUCAGACCCUCACAAGGCUGUUCCCACCAGCUUCUAUCUAAACAAUUAAUGGCGCAUGGACCUUGUCAUUGCGGGCAAGACAUCUAGGAAGGAAGAUACCAGCCCUGACACCGGACAAGGCUGAGCGUGUUUGCAUGUCUCGGUACCUAUAAAAACGGUACGAGCUUGGGAAGAAAGAAGGGCUGAGUCUUCUCGUAUUAAUCCGUAAUUACCUGCUCAAGUGAUAUUCUAUCCAUGCUCGCUG